CCCAUGGAAGCACUCUGUACCAUUCCACGUUCCACCACAGCCUCCUAACCCAACUCAUCCCCCACCAGGCCACCACCUCACCAACCUCUCCUUCUCUCCAUGGCUUCCAUUCUUCCUCGCCUCCUCCCGCUCCUCUCUCUCCUCACUCUCUCGCUCUCCACCCAAACCCCCACCACCGAUGCCCCCACCCUCAUCCAAAAGACGUGCAACACCACCACCUACUACAACUUCUGCGUCUCCUCUCUCCAGUCCGACCCUGAGAGCCCCAAGGCCGACGUCAGGGGCCUCUCCACCAUCGCCAUCCACCUCGCUAUCUCCAACGCCACCAACACUUCCUCCUUCACCGCCGCCCUCUCCCAUUCCGCCGCCGACCCCUCGCUCCGGGCCGUCCUCCGGGAGUGCGCCGCCAAGUACAGCAACGCCGGCGAGGCCCUGGAAUGGUCGCUCGAUGCCUUGUCGACCGAGUCGUACGACUAUGCCUUCGUCCACGUGAGCGCCGCCGCCGAGUAUCCCAACGUCUGCCGCGUGUUGUUCCGGAAGCACCCCCGGCUGCCGUACCCGGCGGAGAUGGCAAGCAGGGAGGAGGUGUUGGAGCACUUGUGCACCAUAGCUUUGGAAAUUAUAUCAAUUCUUGGGUGACAGAGAAAUAUAAAAGUGCUCUAAAGUUAUUGAGGACCAAAAGGGAUAGGUUUAAUUCAGCUUUUGUAGCUAUAAAGCUCUCUGGCUUGUAAAGGGAGUGUAGCCUUUGUCUUGGUUGGUUUAGAUGUUUCUAUGUUUUAGAGGCUUGUGGAGAGUACUGGAAAGGCUUGCAUGGGUGUUUCUGUUUGGCACUUUGAUGACUUGGAUGGUUCAUGUGUACAUGAUUAAGAAGUGCAUUCUGUUCCUAAAUGGCUAGCUCUUAGCUGGCUUAUUUGCUAUGUUAGUGUUAAAAUGCAUAGUAGACGAUGGAGUCUAAAAAGCUAGACUGUGGUUGCUGAAA